AUGAUGCGAAGAGGAAUUGAUCCAUACAGAGCGCCACCGCCAGGACUUGGCUUAGGACCGACUUCAUCUGUUGGCGGAGGUGGAGGAGCCGGAUAUUACUAUUCAUCUCGAGUUGGAAGUCAGUCUGCUGCACCUUCCCCGUCUCAUUCAUAUACAUCGUCUCAUCGAUCACAAAAUCAUCUGCCAAUCCACACAUUACCAGAUAUGACCCAUCAACGAACUGCUACAGCCCGUCGCGGCGUGGAGCACUCUAUUGACGAAAUGACUCCAUCAUACUAUGUGGAGCAUUUAGCAACCUUUGCUGUAGGAAGGCAAUUUGGUUUAACUUUUCCUGCCGAUGGUAUUCGAAAGUUGAAGCAAAUGGAAAAAAAUUCUGCAAUUUGGGCUCAGCCAUUAAUCCUUAGAUUCCGUGCACACAUGGUUACGGUUGAAGAUGAGAAUGGGGAUUUGGUUGAACAAUUUCCAUUGGAGUUAAUCGAGCAACCAACAGCUCAUCUAUCAAAUGAUUCUCGUGAACAAUACAACAACAUGUUACUUUUCAUAGUUCGUGAAGAUCCACGUAAUAAGAGAAACACAACACCAACGGAAAUGCAUAUUUUCCAGUGUAACCGUGUGGCUGCAACUGAAGUUGCUGAUGAUCUUCAAGCUUACAUCAAAGGACAAGUUCGUAAAGUUAAGAAUGGAAGACGUUCAAGUGCAUCCCAUCUUGCCCAACAACAAUAUUAUUCCCCUCAAAAUUCUGCUCCAUAUCAAGCUGAUGAUGUGUCAGUUAGCAGUGAUAGCUCUGAGCUCUUCGAACGUGAUGUCAACACCCUCAACCGAUGCUUCGAUGACAUCGAACGUUUCGUUGCUCGCAUUCAAUCAGCUGCAUUAGCCCAGCGUGAAUUAGAACAACAGGCUCACCGUUACCGAACUGCUCCACGACGUGACAAGAAGAACACUCAUCCUGAUCCAAAUGGAAUAUUACAAAUGCGAGCCCAAUUACCUUUGGAAAGUGAAUUUGUUGAUGUUCUCAGAAAGUUCAAAUUAUCAUUCAAUUUACUGGCUAAAUUGAAAAGUCAUAUUCACGAUCCAAACGCUCCAGAGUUACUGCAUUUCCUCUUCACACCUUUGACUGUUAUUCUUCAAGCAUGUCAUUGGGGUCUUGGACGCAACAUCGCUCUCCAGAUUACAUCUCCUCUGCUCUCAUUGGAAGCUCGUGAGUUGUUGCAAAAUUGCUUGACGAGUAAAGAAUCCGAUGUUUGGAUGAGCUUGGGAGAAGCAUGGCGAACACCACCAGAGGAUUGGAACGGUCCAUUACCACCAUCUUAUCGACCUGUAUUUUCUGAUGGAUUUGCUCCAUACGGUUUACCAGAUCAGACCAGACCCAACUAUCCUGCUCCUAUCCACAGAGGAGAAUCAGCUCCACCAGCUCAGUUCAGAGGUCGUGAUCGUAGCGUCGAUACGGCUCCAAAUACUCCAAUGUCAUCUCGACCUCGUGCUCCACGACCACAAAGAAACCUCAGCGUCGAUAACCUUAAUCUCGAUCGUAUGUCAUUGGAACGUGAACGAAUGGAACUCGAAAGAGCUGAAAUGAACGAGAGAGAACGUCGCUUAUUAGAGCAAGAACGUAAAAUUCGUGAUGAAAGAGCUCGCAUGGAGGCAGAACGUAUUCUUAUACAGAAGGAAAAAAUCAAUCCUAUUCAUAAUGGUCCUGCCAUCACAGUUAGACCAAACUAUGAUGCUCCUCCUUCCGCUGCGACAACGGGAUUGGCCGUACGACCAACGCCGUUCAACCAAGCUCGUCCAAUCUUGCCAGAUCCCGAAAUUAUUUCUCCAAGACAAAAAGAUUUCAUUGAUGAUGUCAUAUCCAGAAAUGCCAAGCUUGUUGUCGCCACCUUCGAUCGCAUAGCUCAAAACGCAAAGGAGCUUACUGUAAGCCGUGGAGAAUACCUUGAGGUCUUAGAAGAUACUAAGAACUGGUGGGAGUGCCGUAACGUUCAUCAACGUGUUGGAUAUGUUCCACAUACCAUUCUUUCCAUGGUUCCAAUGGAUUACGGAGAUAAUCGGGACAUUUAUGGCGAUCCACAAAUCGCAAGUCGUCGCUCUAAUGGUCAUUUACCUUCUUCGUCCAUGCAACAUAGUCCUAAACAAGUACUUCCACACGCUCCGCCGAGAAAUAUUCCUCCUCCCAUCGUACAAAGUCCUGUUGAGCCUCCACCAGCCCCUCCCACACCGUCCAUGCUCCAGAUGUUGAAAGAGCAACAGUUGAAAAAGACAGAAAAACCAGCAGAACCAGUUCGUCAGAAAGAAGUCAUCAAGGUUUCCACGCGAAGUCCUGAAGAAGUUCAGCUUGUGAAAGAGCUCAAUUCAACCAUCGGAAAAGACACGGGCGAAUUCCUUCGUAAGAAAGUUAGGGAAAGAAAUGAACAGCAAUCAGCUGUUGUUAUCAAAAAUGAUACAACAGCCGAUGAAGUUAGUGAGUGGUUACAACAGAAAGGAUUUUCUGCUCGAGUCAUUGAGUUGUUCGAAGGACAAACGGGAGCAACCCUUUUCGCUCUUAAUAAAAACCAUUUGAUUCAAGCGUGCGGUAAAGACGAGGGAAGUCGCUUGUACAGUCAAAUUUUAGUUCAGAAGCAUAGGAGUAAUUAUAAAACAAAGCGUGGAGCUGAAUUAGCGGCAUAUCUGAAGGUUCGAAGAAACCGCACUGAAGAUUCGGAGAAAGCUGAUUCCUACGAUAGUGACUAG